UGUGGGGCCGCCCGUGGAUCGCAGCACCCGCGGAGCGAUGGGGUGGCCGGGGGUGCCCCUGGCCCUGCUGGGGCUGUGCUGGGCGGCGAUGGCCGAGCGGCACACGGUGUUCUGGAACAGCUCCAACCCCCGGUUCCUGUGGAGUGACUACACGGUGGAGGUUCGGCUCAACGACUACCUGGACAUCAUCUGCCCCCACUACGAGGAGGGCAGCGUGGACCCCCGGGUCAUGGAGCGCUACACCCUGUACCUGGUGGAGCUCGAGGAGUUCCAGGCCUGCAAACCCAGCUCCAAGGAGCAGAUCCGCUGGGAAUGCAACAAGCCCAGCGCCCUGCACGGCCCCGAGAAGUUCUCGGAGAAGUUCCAGCGCUUCACGCCCUUCACACUGGGCAAGGAGUUCAGGGAGGGGCACAGCUACUACUACAUCUCCAAGCCCAUCCACCACCAUGGGGAGGCCUGCCUGAAGCUGAAGGUGACGGUCACCGGCAAAGGCACUCCGGCACCGCCUGUCCCAGCCUCGACACAGAAGGGGAGGAUCCAGGCAGACGACGCGGCCGCGCACGUGCUGAGGAGCGUGGGGCAGAACUCGGCCAUGCGCAGCAGCAGCCGCCCCUUCACCUUCAUCCUCCUCCUCCUGCCCCUCCUGCUGCCACGGGGGCUCUGAGCCGCCCCACGUGCCCGGAGUCGCCGAGGUUGGGGACCCCCAUGUCCCCACACGCCUGCCCCGCGUGCAGGCGGGCCGGGAAAGGAUUUGUCAGUAUUAUGGGACUGAAGGGCCCGAAGCCGUCGGAGCAGCCCCG